UUCAUCUUCCAUUCAAAUCAUCACACACGUUCAUUCCAGUGACAAAAAAUGCAUCAACCCAUUGACUGGUUUUCUUGGCUAUCAAAAUCCGGGCUUGAACCUUCACUUAUUUACGAAUAUGGGAUGGCUUUCUCUCGAAACGAGCUUGAAGAAGGCGACAUAACUUACUUCAACCAUGAAUUCCUUCAAAGCAUGGGGAUCUCCAUAGCCAAACACAGGUUAGAAAUACUGAAACUUGCUAGAAAACAAAAAGGUUCACGUGGGUCACACACACACCCAAUUUCAAAGCUCAUCAUCGCCAUGAAAAAGACCAAAAGGACCUUGGCUAGCUACAUCCAGACAUGGAUUCGCCGGGAUGAGUCAGCUCUGGUGCUCGUUAGUAAAAGUUAUGGUUGGAAAGGUACGAUGUUGAGAAGAAACAAGAGAUCGAUGACCUUCAAACAAGCUACUCCUCCUACUCUUUUGCUCACUAAUAGCUACCAUAAGUCCGAUAGUGCUAGAAUCAACAACUUUGCGAGUCCUUUGGUUUAUGAUCUCCGGUAUGAUGAAGGAAAAAUUGAUGGUUACGAUGGUGAUGAUCAUGAGAAGUAUGAUGAAGAAGAUGAUGGUGGUUACUGGUCUGGGAGUGGGGGUGGUGUUCAAGAGAUUAGAUGGGACACCAUGUUUCAGAAUUUGAAACCUACUUGAGAUCUAAUAGCAAUCAUCUUCUUCCCCAAUUACCCUCUUUCUUUUCUUUAUUUUUUUUUUUUAAAUAAAUUAUUAGAAGAGUUAAUGGUGAGAUGGAUGCUAUUUUUUUAAUGUUCUUCCACCACUGUCAAGUGUGAACCUUGCUUUGAAAGAAAAAGUACAGCUCUGAAUUGUUUUUCUCUGGUGAAAGUCGUAAUUUACUUUUAGCAAAGUUUAGCAUGCUAAACCUUUAGGGGGUAUUCUUGGGAUUGAUAAAGGGUUAUAGUUUAUGUAAUAAAAUUGUAUCAAAUUAAGUAAAUUUGGAAUCUUUUGAUUUAA